GGGAUUAGGACAGUCUUGGAGGGGAAUUAAGGUUUACAGAUGGCUGCUCUCAUGUGAUGCCAGGUUUACCCCUGGUCAGCAGCAAGGGGAUGUCCGAAGACAUCAGCCAGCAGAGUUUGGGCUGAUAGUAAACUUGUGGUUGGAUUCAGUGGAAACUAGUGUAGCUUAUAACUAAUUGUACUCUGGAUUUAAGGCUGAUUAAGAUGCAAUAUGGACUCUUACUGCCCUGGAACAGAUAAAAAGUGAAGGAUAGAAGAAGCAAGAGAAGACGGAGGCAGUUUAAAAGAGAGAAAGUACUUAUCGUUGUCUUACACAAGACAUCAUGUCCACUUUGAUAAAGCAGGAGAGAACCAUUUGUGUUCUCCUCCCCAACAAAGACCAGCUGGACAUUACUGUCGGGCCAAAGCCCACAGGGCAGGAUGUUUUUAAUCGAGCGGCGGAGCUUCUUGGAAUCAAAGAGCUGCACUUCUUUGGCCUCACAGUGGUGAGGGACAAUGAGCACAUAUUUUUAGACAUGGAGGAGAAACUGACUAAGUACUUUCCUAAGGAAUGGAAGCAGGAUUCAGGAAAGGGAUUACUGAAGAGACCCUUGCCUUUAGUGCUCUGUCUCAAAGUGCAGUACUACAUAGAAAACGGUAGACUCAUUUGUGAACGUAAGGCACGACAUCUAUACUACUCUGACUUGCGGGAGCGGGUGCUUCGCUCUGAAUGUCGUCAGCAGGAGGAGGUGUACUUCCAGCUGGCAGGUUACGCCUUGCAGGCUGACCUCGGUGACCACCCGCCGCCCAGGCAGGAUAUGGUGGUCACUCCAUACUUUGAACCCAAGGAGUACUUUCCCCCUUGGAUUGUAGCUAAGCGUGGAGUGAACUAUCUCCACUGCCAUGGGCCCAAGGUGCAUCAGGAGCUGUGGGGGAUGUCCACUCGUGAUGCAAUGCUGCACUUCAUCAGGGAGUCAUGUCAACUGGAGGAUGUACCUGUCACGUUUUAUAAACUGCAAAAGGACAAAAAGGCAGAGAGAGGAACAGCAUUGCUCGGCUUGACCCUGCGAGGAAUGCAGGUUUAUCAGGAGGUGAACAACACGCGACAGCUGUUGUAUGACUUCCCGUGGUCAAAUGUGGGACGUCUCACUUUCCUGGGUAAGAAAUUUGAGAUCCAGCCAGAUGGCUUGCCAUCAGCCAGGAAGCUGGUUUACUACACUGGAUCUUCGUUUCGCUCUCGCCACCUCCUCCUGCACCUGAGCAGCAGCCAUCGCCUCUACCUCAGCCUCCAGCCUGCCCUCAAACACCUACGCCAGCUGGAGGAGAGCAAAGAUAAAAAGCGCUACAGAGAGUCCUACAUCAGUGAUGACCUGGACUUGGACCCCCCAGGCAGCGAGAGCAGCCCUGGUCUGUCGCGACAUUCCACCAGCAGCUCUGGAAUUGAAGCUGACGCCCGCCAGCACAGCAUCUCCACGGAGAUGACCUCCAUGGAGGAGGAAGGUCAACGACAAGCAGAGAAAGGUUUCAGCUCAGUAGCCAGCCACAGCAGCUCCUGUACCUCUGGGUUUGACACAGGCAGUAAGGCUCGAAUAGAAGAUGUGGCGUGGCAAGAGGAAGCGAUCAAGACCAAUAUUGAAAAUCCAAAUGAGGUUCUUGUGGAUGAUCCUGAUGAGAUGUUCCAGUUGGCUGAUCUUCUUGAAGGAGUGUCUGUGGAUUGUUCCGUACUCUUCUCAGAGACUCGCUCACCAGAAAACAAAACCUUUCCCCCAGACAGUAAUGAAGACCUUGAGAAAUUACAUAACAAGGAUAUGUUAAAACAGAUGCUGAAAUCUAGGGCACAAGUUUGCGUAGAUCGGCACAGCCACAGUCUAGAUGAUGUGCGUCUGUUCCCACCUCCGGCACGCCUGGGGACCACGCUGCCACCUGAUUCCUCCCACAGCUAUACCUUUGGCCUCCCAGAUGCCUCAACAAACACAAAUAUCCCUGUUGAUCACAGUUAUCCCCUUUUGCACUGCCAAGCCAAACCUUCCUUCUUUGGCCGCAGGUCUAACUGCCUCUCCUUGGACAUGUUAGGUGAUGAACAGUUCCUGGAAUUCAUACUUUAAAAACGCUGAUGUGCACAAAUACGCCCGUUCGCUUCCUUAAUUUACGGUGCAGGUUAACUCAAAGAUCACCAACACACAGAUGUCUCAGUGUUUUCUACUGUCUGAGGAUGACAACGUGGGAUGUGUGUGUUUCAUAUUGCAGAGAGACAUGAUUAAAAUGGCGGGACCCUUAAUUCCUCUUAGAAAAGCUGUGGAUUAGAGAACCAAGAUCUGAUUCAGCAACACUCACUCAGUAA